UCUGUUAGAUUUUCGCGAGUGCUUCUUGGGUGUAGUUCUGUGGGAAACUCUAUGGGUGGCACACAGUUAAUUUUCUCAAUGGUAGCUCGUUUGUGGUGGAUAAUGGUGUAAAGAGGGAAAAAGGGGUAGAAGCUCACGAAGGUUUUUUGUGUGUGAAAGUUGAGGGAUUACACGCUGGAGAUUGAUUGAUCGAAAGGGGGAAAAGAUUUCGCAAAAGACGAAAAAAAAAUUGGAAAUAAAUUGCGUGGAAAUACGAUAAAAAAGGCAAGAAAUAUUAAAAGAAAAGGUGUAUGAAGAAUGACUUCAAAAAUACACGAGCAAGCGAAAUUGGACGCAAACAAACAAGCAACCAGUCCAGAAGAGUGUGAGGAUUUGAGCCCAAUGCCACAAUCAACAGCACCGCCAGUUAGACGGCGUGGUGGAAUUUCCGCGGAGCCCGUGACAGAGGAAGAUGCCACGAGCUAUGUCAAAAAGGUCGUUCCAAAGGACUACAAAACCAUGGCGGCUCUCUCAAAGGCCAUUGCCAAAAAUGUCCUCUUCUCGCACUUGGAUGAGAAUGAACGAUCAGACAUUUUUGAUGCAAUGUUCCCGGUUAAUUGCUUAACGGGUGAAUCGAUUAUUCAGCAGGGGGAUGAAGGUGAUAAUUUUUACGUUAUCGACCAGGGUGAAGUUGAGGUGUUUGUAAAUUCCGAAUUGGUGACAACAAUCGGUGAGGGUGGAAGCUUUGGUGAACUGGCACUAAUCUAUGGGACACCAAGAGCUGCAACGGUACGUGCAAAGACAGAUGUUAAACUCUGGGGCAUCGAUCGUGAUUCGUAUCGACGCAUCCUCAUGGGUUCCACCAUUAGGAAGAGGAAAAUGUACGAGGAAUUCUUGUCCCGCGUGUCAAUUUUGGAGAGUUUGGACAAAUGGGAGAGAUUAACAGUGGCAGAUGCCCUCGAAACGGUCAGCUUUGAGGAUGCAGAGACUAUUGUGAAGCAAGGAGAGCCCGGUGAUGAUUUCUAUAUUAUCGUCGAGGGAUGUGCUGUUGUUUUGCAGCAAAAGGGCGAAGCUCAACAGAAUGAAGAAUCAGCUGAGGUGGGACGUUUGGGUCCGAGUGAUUACUUUGGAGAAAUUGCUCUUCUCCUGGAUAGACCACGUGCUGCCACAGUUCAGGCCAGAGGUCCUCUCAAAUGUGUCAAAUUGGAUAGAGCAAGAUUCGAACGUGUUCUGGGGCCUUGUGCGGAUAUUCUUAAGAGAAACAUAACACAGUAUAAUAGUUUCGUCUCACUCUCUGUUUAAAAACAAACUAUAAUAAUGCAGAUUGCAAAAAGAAAGGACAAACAAAUCUAUGAGAUAUAACAAAUUAAACAAAAAAGUGAUUGCCUUUUACAUACUUCUUCCUUCAUUCGCAUGAAAAAAGCCUCCAUAGAAAAUGUUUGCUAUUAUCGCAAAGAAAAAAAAACGCUAUCGGAUCACAAAAAUGCAUUUCAUACUGUACACUGGAUAACAAAACAAAAAUUAAUCAGAAAAAAAAAGAAUUUAGAAGAAAAAUUAGAAUGAAUAUAAGAAAAAUCUAUAGGGAGGAAAAAUUAUUUAAAAACAAACAAAAAAUAUCUUGAAUGUAGAUGAAGAACAUAAAAAAAAGUAUACAAAAAAUGGAGCAAUUCGAGGAAGAUGGGAAUGAAAAAUGAUGUAGAAAUUGACUUGCGAUUUAUGAAUUUUUAUAUAGAACCAUUUCAAUGUAUUUAUGAAAGUUUUAGCAUAAUAGAAAAUCAUCUAUCUCAAAAAAAGAUUAUAAAUAAAAAAUGUAGAAGAAAAAAAAAGAUAGCACAGGGAUACCCCAUUCAGACUUUCUCAGAACAUUACAUAGGAUUUGCUGGGCGGAUUCAUUGAUUAAAUCAAAGAAAAUUAAAAAAAAAAACCUCAUAGAAAGUUUUGUUUAAUUACCUCUUUUUCAACAUUUUUCCUUUCUCUUUCAUCACUCCUUAUUCUAAAUUCAACAAAAAAAAAAGUACGAAGGUUUAAUAUUUUUUUUUAGUCUGAAAUAGGAAACAAGAAAGGGAAGAAAUAAGGAAGAACACACACACACACAAUCUAUAAAAUAUUCUUUGAUAUACUUAAUGAGGAAAAAAUGUGGAAGGGCAGAGCAACUAAUUUAUUUUAAUAUAAUAGAGCAAGUAUAAAAAAAUCAAUUUAAAAAUAAAACACAUGCAUUAAUGAACGUUAGAACCAAAAUUAAAUUUUUCGGAUAAAUUACUUUGCGUGACAAACCACCCGCUGGCGGGUUGAAUAAUCAAAUUACGCAUUAAAAAAAUUAUUUAUUAUACACGGUUCAUCAACAUCUUGUUGAAAAGGCGAUUCAAAACCAUUAAAAAAAAUUAAAUAAAAAAGAAAACUUUCGAGAGUUUAGUAAUAAAAAGAAAAACUUUAAAAUUGGAAUUUAAAGAAAAUCAUGCAUAUUUAAAAAAAACAUAAUUUUAUUAGCUGUAAAUCAAUUUAAAAAAAUCAUUGAAAAACAUUUAAAAAAAAACAUUGACGUAUUGUAAAUAAAUGUGUAUUAAAAAUUUAAAAAAAAGAAAAGAAAAUCAAUAACUUGAAUGGAGACCAUUUACGAAGAAAUUUCAUUUGCAUGGAAGAGAAAAUCUUUGAGAAAAGAAAACAAAAACAUUUACUUAUUUAAUACCAUUUUAAAUUAAAAGGAAAAAAAUAUCAAUCUGUAUAAGAGUGUAAUAAUGUAAUUUAAAUUUCGUGUUUAUUUCCAUAUUUAAUGGUAAAACAUACAAAAAAACAUUAUACAUAAAAUGGAGGUUUUUGUGGUAUAAAGACCGAAAUAAAACAAACAACAGAAUGUAUAAAUAAAUUUUGAAUCUUUUAAAAUUA